CGGCCACCGUAGCAGGCUGUUUAUAAAAGAGGUUGCGAUAAUGUCAGUAGGAAGGAAGGGUUAAUGAAAGUUAGAGUACUGUUACAUUUAGUGUGCUGCAAAUUCCCUUUUGGUGCACACAGCAGUCGCAGCAGCACAGUACUGUACUUCCUGGCGUGCAGACAACGUUACCACAAAGAGGCAGCUGUUAAUAACUAGUUAGCGUUAGCUAGCGUCAGUGUGGCUUCAUGCUAACAUUAGUUAGCAGUGAAGUGAAUUCAUUAACGUGUUUUUCUCUGUUUGCUGCGGUUAUAUUGACCUCUAAAUAGUGUGCAAGGUCCAAAGGGCGAUGUUGUCAGUUGUCAGGUCAGCUCUCACGAAAUACAGGAGGUGCUGGCUGCCCAGUCAGGCUGUGGUCAGGGCCAUGUCGUCCUCAGGCGGUGCCCCCUCCCCUUACACCACCCUCGCCAUCAGUCACCCAGCAGAGUCCAUCACACACGUAGAGCUGCACCGCCCGGAGAAACGUAACGCCAUGAACAGAGCUUUCUGGAGUGAGAUGGUGGAUUGCUUCAAUGAGAUAGCUGGCGACCCAGAAUGCAGAGUGGUUGUGGUUUCUGGAGCCGGGAAGAUCUUCACAGCUGGUAUUGACCUGAUGGACAUGGCCAGCGACAUACUCCAACCAGAGGGCGACGACACGGCCAGAAUUUCCUGGAACCUGAGACAAAUAAUCACCAAAUAUCAAGAGACGUUCUCUGUCAUAGAGAAGUGUCCAAAGCCUGUUGUGGUAGCUGUUCACGGAGCCUGUGUUGGGGGAGGUGUUGAUCUGAUCACAGCCUGUGACAUUCGUCUGUGUACCCAGGACGCCUGGUUCCAGGUAAAGGAAGUUGAUAUUGGACUUGCAGCAGAUGUUGGAACUCUCCAGAGGCUUCCUAAAGUCAUCGGCAGCCGCAGCCUAGUGAACGAGUUGGCUCUGACCGCCAGGAAGAUGUAUGCAGAUGAAGCCAAAAGCAGCGGCCUGGUCAGCCGAGUGUUUGCAGAUAAGGAGGCCAUGAUGGCUGGAGCCCUGGAGAUGGCCGGGGAGAUCGCCGGUCGCAGCCCUGUAGCUGUGCAGGGCACCAAAAUCAACCUCGUCUAUUCCAGAGACCACAGUGUAGCAGAGGGACUGAACUACAUGGCUACCUGGAACAUGAGCAUGCUUCAGACUCAAGAUGUGAUGAAAUCAGCUCAGGCCGCCAUGGAGAAGAAGAGUCCCAAGACGAUAGCUUUCUCCAAACUCUAAACCUCACUGACGCAAAGUUCAGAUAUACAAAUGCAAAAGUUGCCAUUGUGGCCUUUCUGUGUGAAGGGGAACCACAUCUAUACUACGUGCUAAUCUGUGGCCACUUGAGGAUGAUGUAAUGAGAUGUAAGAGAUGGAGGCUUGAAUCCACUGUUGGAAAUAUGACAGAUGGUCCUUCUUGGGAUUGGUUUCCAAAGAAAUGUAUUAUUGUUUGGGUGGAAAAGCCUUUGAAACAGCAUUUUGAUAAGUCAACCAUGUGUAAAAUUGGAAUCAUAAGUAAGUUCAGGUUAACCUCUUCCCACAAGUGACAUCAAACUAAUAACCAGGGAUUUUCUGAACUUGUCGCUGUAAAAAAAUAGCUGGUUUUGUAAAUCUGUAAUCGACUUCAUGAAUGUUUAAUCUUAUUAAAAAAACUCAACUGAAAGUUAGUGUUGACUGAUUUUGAAAAUAUCCAUAUCGACCUGUUAUUUUCUAAAAUGAUUUAACAAAAGGCGGAUUAAAAUAACUUAAAAUGCUUUAUUGAUAAAACUUAAAUUAUACAAAUAAACUUACAAAAGUGGAACUAGAACACAUUCACAACAGCGUCUGCUUGGCACGAAGUUUCUGUAAGGUUUUCUGCGAAGAGAUGGUAGAAAAAUAUUCAACAGAAUUCAUGCAACUAAAACCACAUGAUUUGGUGCUCACAGUUCUGUAAUAAGCAUCAUCUUUAAAAACAUUUUCUCAAACACAUGAUUCAGGUGUUUUUACCUUGUGGAACUCUUUGGCCUUCAGUCUGUUUUUUGCACAAGCUUCCUGUCUGUUCCUGAUGGCUUGCUGAAGCUUCACUUCCUCCAGCUGCUUAUACAGUCUGCAGAAACACACAUACGCUGCAAUGUGAACAACUCUCCCAUAUUCAAAAACUACAGUGCUAAAACUUAAAUUUGUCAGUGUAGUAUGAACUCUGGAACUGCUCCAAAGAUGUACUAGAUGAGACAGAGCACCCAGGGGAAUAUUUGGAGUAUAUUGUACAUGUGCUGUGUCAGAACUGAGAACACCAAUAAAAUAAUGAAAAACAUUCUGUGGGUCCACAAAA